AUGGCACAACGGUCACAAAAUCCAGCCUUUCGUGCAAAAUUCAAGCAGCUCACAAAAGUGCUUCAGAAACAACAGCAAACCGCAUAUACCUCUUCCUCGACUGCGCUUGCAGCUUAUCUGGACGAUGCCGAUGCCGAAGACGCUGGGCCUCCAAAACUGAACAGUGAGACAGCCUUCUGCCUCUCUCUGGAGAAGUUAUUCUGCAACGGAGUCAAACGCCCGAUGUUUAAGACCACACCCAUUCUGCCGAUGACCAAUACGGAUACACAUGAUGACGAGGAGCUCUCGCGCGACUACUCAGCCGAAUCCUCUUAUACAAAUGACGCUGAACCUGCGGAAUUUGUUGGAUACGAUGAAGGCGACCAUACAUCAUCCAUUCCAGGUCGCAAUUACGAUGAGGCUUUCGACCUAUUUAGACAAGGCUUCCUGGACAGAGACUGGGCAGCGGAUGACUCUCUGGCUACUUCUCCAACUCCCGCAGUUUCAACGACCCAUUCAGAUAUGAUAUUUGAUUCCGAUGCGAACGACUCAGCUUAUGACGGUUCUAAGGCUAUUGUUGAUGCUGACGACGAAAUGGUUUGUCUAUCGUCAGAUCCUGGACUUCCACGCCCUCACCGAAGCCUUGAGGCUCUGGCCAAUGAGCACUGUAACCAUCUGGAGUGUCACACAUCCAUCUUCUCUGAAUCCGAAGCAGGAAAUGUUCCUUCAGCUUCUCGCGCUUUCUUUGCCUCUAGUUUCGUGCCUGAUGUAGAAAUGGAUUUCAACAUGGACCGGGAUUCGGAUUUAAUUCUGGAUAUGGAUGAUUACUUAGAUCUCCUGCCGCAUGCUGCACCUCAGGCUGUCCCACGCCCUCAUCACAUCUUGGAAUACGAAAUAGACAUCUCAAAACACCCAUUUUCUGACGUUCUGGACAUUGAUUCGGACGUUGACGCUGGCCCACUGUGCCCCUUACACUACUCCGGCGACGUUUUGGACAUUGACUCGGGUAGUGAACUACGUGAUAGUCAAAAAUGUGUAGACCACCUGCUAUCGGACGACGACAUGAAAGGCAUGGAUAUAUGUGCUGCUAAUGGGUCUUCCUCCUCUGUUUCUUUUGCUCCUCUUGCCCAUUUCACUGCCUCGCAUUCUGAAUCUGGGUCUGAUCGCUUCAAGGAGCCACCAUCUCUCGAUUUCGGGUCCGACAACUCCGAUCAAGAACAAGAGCAUAUCCUCAUCUCUUUUCCUCUCAUCCACGAAGCUAUCAAAAAUCACGCUAUCGAUUCUGAAGUGCUCGGAGGCGACAUUCUCUCGGAUAACGACGACGACGACCGCCCCUUUAGCGGAAAGCAAAAUUGUGUCUCCUUCACGACACUUAGCUCUUCUCAAUCUUCUUCUCAGACUACUCAGUCAUCUUUGGCUUCUUCAGCACUUCAUACCUUACUCUCUUCGCAAUCAGGCCCUUCUUCCUCUUCUGCCUUGCCAGUAUCGCCUAUCUCAUUUUAUCUAUCACAAAAUGAGCACAAAAACGGAAACUGCAACCACAACGAUAAUGUUAAUGAGUCUCGCUGUUCUCGUACACCCCAUGGACCAGAUUCUGCAAUCAAGUUUUUCAAUUAUCACAAAGCGCACACAUCAAUCACGUUCAAGGACUCAGACAACGUGGCUUCAAAUACCUUUUUGGACGCAGACAUGCUUAUGAGCGCCAUGGAUGUCAAGUUUGACUUCGACUUGGGGGCUGACGCUGACGCUGAUGCUUUACCUCUUCACCCGCAACUUCACAAUUCGUCCGGUCUCACUACGAUCAUGUCUCAAGGUAAUAAAUAUCGUGCGGAAGACAAUGGGACAAUAGGAAAAUCUGACUGGGAGCUCGAUUUCGCGGAAGAUAUCCUAGACCUGGAAGAAUAG